CUGCGUUCAGCCCAAUUACAGCGUAUACACCUCACCGUACAAGAGUACGGUGCAGCGUUCCAGCUGUGCUGAUGCGUGCGGGUACAUCGAAAGGCCUUUUCAUCUACCGUCAUGACCUGCCAGCCUCCGAAAAUCUGUGGGCUGGUCCGCUCCUUGCGGCAAUGGGCUCUCAAAAUUGUGACGCCCGACAAAUUGAUGGAGUUGGAGGCGCAACCUCAACAACAUCCAAGGUUGCCGUGGUCUCACCAUCAGCACGACCUGGCAUUGAUAUUGACUACACCUUCGUACAGGUCGCAGUAGGACAGCGGACUGUUGACUUUAGUGGUAACUGCGGAAAUAUAUGCUCCGGUGUUGGUCCCUUUGCUCUGCAGGAAGGGCUUGUACAACCCAGACCAGGAGAAAAGACUUUGGACGUUCGGAUUUACAACACGAACACGUCCAGAGUAAUCCAUGAGACCAUCCAGGUUGACGAAUACGGCUCUUUUCAGGAAGACGGUGAAUACACGAUCCCAGGUGUCAAGGGCACUGGAAGUGAGAUUAAAGUCGCUUUCGUGGAUCCAGCCGGUAGCAUGACUGGAAAGCUCUUCCCCUCGGGGAGGCGAACAGAUACCAUCGUCGUCCAAGAACGCAACGGGCCUCGCUUCUCCGUUAAGGCCACAUUGAUCGAUGCCGCCAACCCCUUUGUCGUGAUAGACGGCUCAACGCUUCCUCCAUAUCUGAAGACGUGUGCGAAGGACUCCAUUGGAUACCUCGAGCACAUGGAGUCGAUACGGCGCGAGGGGGCUGUGAUGAUGGGCCUGGCCAGUAGCACUGACGCGGCUGCGAAAGUAAGGGGAACACCAAAACUCGCCAUCGUCUCACCUCCCGAAUCAAAGUUCCCAUCUGCCAAUGCCGCUGCAAGUGUACACGUACUGGCCUUCAGUAUGGGCAAGCCACAUCCUAGUGUACAGCUUACCGGCGCUGCAUGUCUUGCUUCCGCCGCUAUCAUCCAAGAUACUGUUGUGAAUCGCGUCGCAACGACCCCACAUUGGCAGGUAUCCAAGACUGAAAGGUCACCAAGUCCGAUGUCUGACAGCGAUGGGAGCUGCUCAUUAGUACAACCCGGCCGCAAAUUGGUUCGGAUUUCUCAUCCAAGUGGUGCUAUUGAGGUAGAGGUCACAGCUGCGAGCUCAAAGACUGUCGCGGUCGUGGAUCGAUGCACGGUAUCUAGGACGGCACGACGACUUUUCGAGGGCAAGGUAUACUACUACCAGGAGGUAGUCCAGUAACGAUG